AAGAUAACGGAUUAUUACAUCAGAUCGCGGCGCGUGCGCCUCUGCCGCCGCCACCUAUAUAAGCUGCGCGCCGCCCGCUCACACUCAUUCACCGAUCGCUACUGAUAAAUGACACUUCUAUAUUAAUUGGUGGCAAUGAUCUACGCUCUCAUGCAUCAUCCUGAAUUUUGUGUAAAUAAACAACCUGAUUACGAACAGUGGUGGAAAAGUGACAAUUGGUGCGACUGCCAUUCUCCGCGCUUCGAGCAGCAACAGAGAUAGCAAACGGAUCGCAAGUGCAUUGAUUAGAAGACAAGCGAGACGCCGGUGUUCAUUCGCAUCUAGUCCGCCUGAAGACAUCAACGCUUGAAAGCUUUAAAGACUCACGCAGAAAUUUAAAGAAGUUUCUUUUGAAAGUUUAAAGAAGAGAAAUCAAGAUGGCAACGGUGCAAACUGCUCCUGAAAUGAGCCUUUCGUCCGCUCCGCUGGCCGUGCCGCAGAACAAAGAUCUGGAUCUGAUGGCGCUCACCAUGGCCGCGCUGCGUCUGGUGAACCCCUGGGUGAAGGCCGAGCCCGAGGACUGGCAGGAGCCCCGGGAAGAGCCGAAAGACCGCACCAUCACCCUCGCGGAGGUCAGCCAGCACGACACCCCGCGAGACUGUUGGGUCGUGAUCUACGACCGCGUCUACGACAUCACUACCUUCAUUGAUGAGCAUCCCGGUGGAGGCGACAUAAUGCUGGAGUACGCUGGCCAGGAUGCCAGCACGGCGUUCCGCAGCUCCGGGCAUUCGCGCAUGGCCGCCAAGGCCCUAGACCGGUUCCUCAUCGGCGAGCUGCCGAUGAGCGAGCGCAUGUACCGCCGUCCUGGAGGCAUCCGACUCAGCGACAUACCGGACUAAACAUACGUCGGAUCAACAUCAGCCGUCACAACUGCCUCGACUAAUCAAGAUCGAUCGCAGAUACUCCUUUUUCGACCGGGACAGAGCGAGAAAUUAAUUUUCAUCGUCUUCUCAUCUCGUAUGAAAAACCCCUAAAGGAGGCGUCGGAAUUUACCGCCAGACAUUUGUGCAUUAUCUAGUUCAAAGUACGGUUGAAUGUAGGGCGUAAUAAAAAAAGUUAAGGUUAAAUAAUUAAUAUAAUACACAGGCUAUUUACUUAUCGCCUUGUAACAAAUUUAUAGCCGUUAAUUAUUAUAAUAUUAACCUUUGACUAUACAGACAGCAUAUUAAAUAACAUGAUAAGAGUGGCUUUGAGGAUAGAGGCCCUCGGAGACAUGAAUCUGCCUGCUUGUCUGCCUGUAUGUGAUUGUCAGUAAGAUAUUUUUUUAAGUAUUGAGUUUAAGUGAUUGCAUUUAUUUACUUUAAA